CAUGUCUCGAGAGACUGGAAGUGAAGCGCAGCAGUCUCAAGGUGCCCAACAGUCACAGAGUGGUACCAGUUCCUCUUCCAGUGGGUCACAGAGUACUAGUCAGUCUUCCUCAAGUUCUGGGACCCUCAGUUCUUUGGACACUGUUCCCACUCAGGAGCUUCCGUCAAUCCCUGAGGACCAGGAAUCUGAAGAGCUUGCUCCUCAGCCUUGGGGUCGUCUCUUUGCACUUGGAAAAGGUUUCAGCAAUUGUGACUGCGUGAAUGAUGAAUACUGGUUUGGAAGAGACAAAAGCUGUGAUUAUAGUUUUUCUAAGCUAGGAUUGUCUGAGACUGGCUUCUACCAAAACUAUAGCAAAAAGCAUUUCCGAAUUUUCAGGGAAAUGGGUCCAAAAAACUCCUACGUUGCCUACAUUGAAGACCACAGUGCAAAUGGAACUUUUGUUAAUAGACAGGUCAUUGGAAAAGGGAAGAGGCUUCCACUGACUCACAACUCUGAAAUUGCACUGUCUAUACAGACUAAUAAGGUGUUUGUAUUUUCUGAUCUUACGGUGGAUGAUCAGUUGGUGUUUCCUAGAGAAUUCAGAGAGAAAUAUAUCAUGUCAAGGACUUUGGGAAGUGGUGCCUGUGGAGAAGUCAAACUGGCAUUUGAGAAGAGCACUUGUAACAAAGUUGCAGUAAAGAUAAUCAAUAAACGGAAGUUUAUGGCAAGUGAUAUUAGAGAGGCAAACCCAGCAUUUAAUAUCAAUACAGAAAUUGAAAUUUUGAAGAAAAUAGAUCAUCCUUGUUUAAUCAAGAUCAAAAACUUCUUUGAAGCAGAGGAUUACUACAUUGUUUUGGAACUGAUGGAAGGAGGAGAAUUGUAUGACAGAGUGUCAAGGCCAGUCAAGAUGAAAGAAGCUACCUGCAAGUUGUAUUUUUAUCAGAUGCUGCUGGCUGUAAAGUAUCUUCAUGACAAUGGAAUUAUACACCGAGAUCUAAAGCCAGAGAAUGUGCUACUUUCAUCUUCUGACGAGACAUGUCUUAUAAAGAUUACAGAUUUUGGACAAUCCAAGAUUCUUGGAGAAACUUCUCUUAUGAAAACAUUAUGUGGUACUCCCACAUAUCUUGCUCCUGAGGUUCUAAAUUCAGUUGGGACUGCUGGAUACAGCCGAGCUGUGGACUGCUGGAGUUUAGGAGUUAUUCUUUUUGUAUGCUUGUGUGGAUAUCCACCAUUUAACGAGCAAAAUACUCAACUAUCUCUGAACGAGCAAAUCACUCGUGGAGAAUACAGGUUCAUUUCAAGAGAAUGGAAGACUGUGUCGGACAUGGCUCUGGAUCUUGUGAAGAAGCUGUUAGUAGUGGAUCCAAGAGAACGCCUUACAAUAGAGGAAGCCUUAGAACAUCCUUGGCUUCAGGAUGAGGAUAUGAAGAGUACAUUUCAACAGCUACUUGCUCAGACACGUGCCAAUAUGAAUCCACCACAAACAUCAAAAAUGCCAACCACAACAAGAAAGCGUCUCCAUGAAAAUGAGGAAGAAUCUGGCUCUUCUAAGCGUGCUGUUCCUUCUACAUCAUUUCAGAAAAUGAGGUGAAAAAAAAGAGAAAGUGACUUUUGUUAAUUAUAGCUUUUUUAUGGAAAGCAGAAUUUUUAUUUAAGAAAAAUCUUAAUAAUGGAAUAACCAUUGAAGAUGCAAUUGCUAAAUAAAAAACUUUGUAAGACUGAAGU